AUGGCCAUCAUCAGCUGUUGGCUCGAUGAGGAUGACUUAGAGACUCACAAAUGGCUCGUGUUCUGCGGGUGCCCAUGCUGGUUCAUCACUUCACUCAAACCUCUGUCCACCGGAGCAUCGCUCAUGUGCCAGCAAGCCCAGAACCCUUUGUUGUCACUGGACUUACCCACGAAUGACCCACUGUAUGUUAAGCCCCUGUCAAAACGCGCGUGGAAGGAGCUGCAGCUCCUCCUGGAUGACGACAAAGAGUACGGAGAUCUUUUCGAUGCUUACACUAUACCACAACUGGAACUCGCACUGCCACACGUGGAACCCUCAUCUCCCGUCGCAAGGAUGACAACCCUCACGCUACACAGAGGGAGGUCUCAAGAUCACCUCGCUCCUGCCCCAUGGCCCGCAUCUCAGCCACGCACUCCCAUCAGGUGCUCCCCUGUCCAUCGGCCAGUAUGUGCUAGGUCCCCACAGUGA